CUAAAAACACUUACGAUGCAGCAUUCGACACUAAAAAUGGGACAAGACACGGAAGCAACAACGGCCCCGGCCAUCAGCAACAGUAUCAUCGACGGCAGCAGCACGACCAUCAGCAGCAGCAGCAUCAUCACCACCACCACCACCACGACCAAUAGCGCCAACAGCAGCCCCACCAGUGCGACACUGUGUGCCGGGAGCAAGCGCAGGUAUGAGGAAAUCUGCACCAGCCCCGCCCCGACCGACGGUGACAUGAUCGUCGAUGUGGUGGUGCAGCACGAAGCACCGGAAGCAGCGUCCCAAGACGCGCGAGAAGAGCGACAAGAAGCAGAAGAGGAAGAAGCAAACGAUGGUAUUAAAGCCUGCAAAAGCCCUCGCUACGAUGACGAGAUGCAGCAGCAGCAGCAGCAGCAGGAGCAGGACGGUUCCGCCCACACGGCGGAACAGUUCUCGAAGGACGACGAAAGCAUUAGUACAACAAGCGCGGCCAGUGCGACGGAGCGCAGUAGCAUAAGUAGUGUAAGCAGCGGCACCCUCGCGGUCACCAGUCCCUUCAUCACCGCCUCGCCCACGAUCCUCAGCCCGACGGCGCCGAUUCUGCUGCCGGCGGCGGGGCCGGCCGAGCCGGAGGAGAACGCCAUCGCCAAGCUGGAAGCGGUCGCCGUGCCGGGCGAGACGGCCUGGAACUGUGAGCCGAUCGUGGACAGCAUCAGCAAGCUGCAGGCGGUGGCAGUGCCGGGCGAGGCGUGGGGCAGUGCGGCCGACAGUACGCGGUCGACGCUCGCGACCACCCUGCUGGUGGCGGACGAUCUCGACGACGACGAGGACGACUUCGAGGACGAGUUCGACGACGACGAAACGAUCCUGCCCGGCUACUCGGCGAUGCGCUACCCGUGCUCGCCGAACCGGGGCACGACGGUCGCGUCGAUGGCGGGCGCCGGGUACGCCAGCCCGGCCUACCCGAAGCCGGGCUACUUCCCCGAGCCGUACCAGAACUGUGCGCGGACGGGGGCCGCCAGCAACAACGGUGCCCAGCAGUACGCGAACCGCGGGUACGGUUGGGCCCAGCACGGCUACUACUCGCCGCCGUACGAGGCGCCCACCGCCCAGCAGACGAUCCGGUGUGCGGAGAACGGCAAGAGCUACUUCGAGCUCGGGUCGGCCAACUACAGCAAUGCGGCGGCCGGGGCGGGCGGUUCGCCCGGUCCGAUGGUGGGCGCCGCUGCCAUACCGAUGGGCGGUGCUGCCCAGCAGCAACAGCAGCAGCAGCAGCAGCAGCAACAGCAAGGACCAUUCGGUGCGCCGGGCGUGAUGGCCGGCGGGCGACCGAUGCAUCUGAAGCGGUGCUGCGACGGGCGCAACAUGUCCUGCAGCAACAAGCAGUGCUACAAGGAGCGGCGCCUAAAGAUGAUGAACCUGUCCAUGUUCAAGCUGGCCCGGUUCCGGCAGGCCUCCGACCAGUCGCUCUACCGGUCCGUGCUGAUCUGCAACACGCUCAAGUCGAUCGAGCGCGAAAUCGACAACGAGAACAAAGAGUUCAACCAGCACCAUCAGCAGCAGCAGCAGCAACACUUCCAGCAGCAGCAACAUCAUUACCACCUACAGCAGCAGCAGCAACAGCAACAACAGCAGCAGCAGCAGCAUGCAGGCAUGCAUCAUCAACAUUCACCGCUGCAACCUCCGCCCCCUCCACCACCAUCAACGCCAGCGGCCGGUGCGCCUGGUCCGGAUUACUUCGGGCCACGUGGCGGUCGGCAAACGGCGGCAAACGGGUACGGUGAUCCUUCCACGAUCACGAUGCAACUGUCGCCGUACGAUCAGCAGCAGCAGCAGCAGCAGCAGCAACAACACUCGCAGCAGCAUAUGCAGCUGCACCCACUGCACCACCAUCACCACCUGCAGCACCAUCAUCACCAUCCUCAUCCGCAGUCCCAGCAGCAUCAACAACAGAUGCAGCAGCAGCAGCAGCAGCAACAGCAGCUUCACCAGCAGCAUCACCAUCUGCAGCUACAACAUCAGCUGCAUCCUCAGAUGUCCCCGCAUCUGGGCAACAAUGGCCAUCCACACCCGCUGAAGGAUCCUCAAUCGGGACGGGCGACACCGUUCCCGGCGGCCAGCGCCAACAGUGCGGUCGCCGUCGAGCUCUCCCCCAUCAGUAGCAAUAAUGGCAGCAGCAGCAGCAAUGCAGGCAGCAGUACCAGCAGCAGCACCAGCAGCAGUGAUAGUGGCGUUACCUCUUGCACCACAAAUAGCGUUAGCGGCAGCAGCAGUAGCAGCAGUAGUAGUGCCAGUAGUAAUCUUAGCAGUAGCAACAGCGGUACAAACAGCAGCACUUCCAGCACGUACGAGCAGCUAGUUCAUCAGCACCAUCAGCACCAUCAUCAGCAGCAGCAGCAGCAGCAGGAGCAGCAGCAGAUGAGCGUCCUGCACCACAGCCAUCUGCACCAUCAUCUCGACACGGAUGCGAGCGGGUUUGCGGACGACGAUUGUACGCGCCCCAUCAACUGGGGCUCGGUGCUGAGUCUGUCCUCCCAGUCGGCGCUCGAUCCGCUCAACGGGAGCGAUCUGUUCGUAACGUCCCCGACCGGUGCCGUGCCGGUCGUGGUGGACGAUGAUACGAGCGCCCCGACGCCGAGUGUCGUCGAUGAAGCGACGACCUCCGCCAGUGUGAUCCACCCACCGCAGGGUGCAAGCGCGGCCGACGAAGGUGUGACCGGAGCGGCUGCAGCCAGCGGGACGGACCCGGCCGGGAGUGAUGGCACCGUCGGGGGGAGUAAUUCUAAUGGAUCUGGACCGAAUGGCGGCUGUGCGAGUGCGGGAAGCGAUACGUCCGACGGUGUGUCCGAGCUGGCAGGCUCCGGUGUAGGCGUCGGACCCGACACGACCACCACAAACGGUACCAGCAGCAGCACCACCAGCACGUCCAGUGGCAGCAGUACAAAUGGACCGGCGCCCGGCAGCACCUCGCCGGGACCGUGUGACGUUGAUGCGGACGUCGACAUGGAGAGCGGCGCGUCCGGACCCGGUGCCGAUGGUGUGGAAGACCCCUCCGUACCGGCCGCGCCCUCGGCAACGGUCGCCGACGCUAGCCACGAGCGGUCCAUCUCGCCCAGCUCGACCACAACGCUCACCUCGCUGACGACGCUUACCAGCAGCAAUAGUAGUGCGCGCGGGGACGCCAGCCAUCUGACCACACUGAGCAGUGCGGCCUCCACCUCGCCGCUCCUCUCGUCCUGUGCCUCCGCCCUGCAACACUACAGCAGCUUGCAGCAUCAUCAGCAGCACCAUCAGCAGCACCAGCAGCACCACCACUUUCACCACCAGCACGGCGGCGUACCGGCCAGCACGCUCGGUGGCUCGAGCUGCUGGGAGUUCGCGUACCUGGACAUGGAUCUCGGCACCACGCACGAGCUGUACGACAUGUUCCCGAGCUGCUACAAGAUCGCGUCGUUCAACACGGGCGACCACGUGGACGUGCUCGGGCUGAAGGGCCCGAUGCUCGAGGGCCCGAGCAAGGUCGUGUGCGGCGACAACGAGAUGGACUCGUUCACGACGCACAUCAUGGUCGGCAGUUAGUAUUGAACGGGGGCAGCGGUGCAGCGGCGGGCCGCCGGAUCCCGCUGACUGUCGGGGUGGGUGGGUGUCUGUAAUUCCGUGACUGAUGGCUGUGCAAAUGACGGGCGGAGACGGCAUUUUCGGGGCGUAAUGGUUCCUUAUAAGAGUUAGUGGAGUUAGGGUAGACAUAAGGAGGGGAGGGGAGGGGGAAAAGGAUGGCCUCGCCACAACAGGGACGCCACGGAGCAGCUAGGGAAGGGUUAAAAAAGCCGUUUCUGCUAUUACUGGUAUUACACUACUUAACGACUAGCUACUAAUUCACUACCACCGCACAAAAACAGCCACGACUAUCCCGUGCUUUGUUUCACCUUUCGGCUCCACCAAUCACAGGUCGGUUUAAAAAAAAGCCAGAAACCAACCAAAAAAACAGUAUUUCCUCGGUGUUGAAUGAUGAUUGUGCCAUAAUAGCCAGUCAGCGAGUAGUAGUCGAGAGCGCACGAGAACACGACGCGCGCUCCAAUCCCUAAUCAAUUCACUGGUUCCUCUACACUUUUUUGUUUGUGCUGUGUCGUUGCGAAUCAAUCCUGUCUCCAUUGCCAGACAGCCUCACUAGGAUCACUCUCUUACACACUCACACUCAGCCCGGUAAGGUUUUGUAUCUCUAGUCCACAGUGAAAUGAAUCGUUUACACUGCUUUGUUUUAACUCGUUGGCUGGAAUUGGCGCUUGGAUCAGUGCUCUGGUAUUGUGGCCAAGACAAAACAACAAAACGCUUAUCAGUGGGUGUGUGUGUAGCAAUUCGCGAUGGCUGGAUGAUGGCUUUGAUGGAUGGAGAAGCAGAAGAAGCGUGUUAGACAAUUCCCAUCCCCGGUUGGAUGUUGUAGCUGUUGGCUUAUUUGUUUUUGUUUUAUUUAAAGUUUUACCGCAAUACUACUACUACUACUACCCUUACAACUACUACUACCACUACUACGGAAAGCAAUUUGGGUUUUAUUAAGUCAGAACUGAAGAUGGAACGAUCUAAAAGCAUUAACUAAAACGUGUUCGUCGUGCCGGCAGCGGCAGCAGCUAGCGUCGUUUGCAAGUACUAAUUCAAAUCGAAAACAAUCGGAGAAGGUGAUGUAUUAUAAGAGCAGACGAUUCAGUGGCGGGGAAAGUGAAGGCAGGCGACAAAGAGCGUGAUUAUAUGUAUUUGGUGGUAAGGUGGUUUAGCGCAUACCGCCACCCGGCAUUAUACCCGGCAAGCAACAAUUACUAGAGUGAAACAAGAGAACAACGCCGUCGUGGGGCGGGCCGAGAACGAUUUGAUGUAAACGAUUUGAUGUUGGUAGAGUGAAAGUUUAAACAAAAAAAAGCAUGUAACAAACCCCGUAGGGAAAGCUAUAUGUGUACGUAUGUGUGUGUGUGUGUCUGAGUGUGCGUUUUUAGGCGUUCCACGUGUUGAGGUCGCACUGGACACGGGCCGCGGGAAUGGCAUUUUAAUGCAGCAGCUCUUAGUGUGUACAGUCUUGAGAUAUAGUUGAUAGCGUUCAAGUUCGAGUAAGAGGCGACAGAACAAAAAAGAGUAAUUUAUUGAUCUAUAAUUAUACCUAUAUAUAUAUACAAAAUCACACACAUACACAGACCGGUAUAUAUAUACAAAAUCUUAAACAGUUAAGCUGUAAAUAUAAGAAGAGGGAUAGUGUAGAAGUGUAGCGAAAAUGGCUAGCAAACAUUACUAGCAGCGCAACAAACAAUUGCGAAAGAGAGCCCCACUGCUUCAAGCGUGUGCCGAAUGGCGGCAGUCUUUCGUUUCACGGUUCCCACGAUGCGUGUUCGGGGCGUGAUCUAAACAAAAAAAGGCCGCAAACUCUUUAGCAAAAAAGAAAGAACAAAACUUACAAAAAGAAAAU